CAUGUCCUGUAAACCCAGGGCAGUGUUACUCAGGAAAUUCAGAUUCCCAGAAAAGGACAGCCCUGAUCGCCUUGAUCUUCAGGCUGCCGCUUUCCUCUUCCUUCUUGCUCCCUCCUGGGGAUCGGGGUGCAGCAUAAUUAUGAGGCUUUCCAGUGGUGGCUGAAAUGAACCGGUCCACCCCUACCCCAACUAGAGCCUGGAUCCAAGCUUAAGAGAGAGGGCAGGGAUGACUAGCCAGAAGUGCUGGGCUGUCUGCCGUGGUAGGCAUCCUCAAGGGAGAUUUACCCACCGUGAUCCUCUUGGGAUUUGGGCAGCUUGGGCGUGCCCUUCGCAGUUCUCAAAAGAUGUCCUUUACUGUGGCGCUUCUUCCUGGCCACGAUCUGGCAGAGGAGUGGGAGAGAAAAGAGUCUUUCUUGUGCGCUGAAAGCCCAUGUGGCCCCCCGCCGGCCCAGGUGGGCCCAGUUGAAUGGGGGGCUUGUGCGCGGGUGGGGCGGGGCAGGGCGGGGCGCUCGGCCUCGCACCGCCCCCAGCCCCUCUCCCCACCCUGCUGCCAGGCGCCAUCCGCUCAGAGCGCCCGCCAGCCAGCCAUGACCGGAGCUCCCGUCCUAGCCCUGCUACUGUUGGGGCAGCUUCUGACGGCCCCCUCCGCACAGAAAGUGGGACCUCGAGGCCCCCCUGGUCCACAAGGGCCUCCUGGGAAGCCCGGCAAGGAUGGCAUCGAUGGAGAAGCUGGCCCCCCAGGUCUGCCUGGCCCUUCAGGGCCCAAAGGGACCUCAGGGAAGCCGGGGAAGCCAGGAGAGGCAGGACUGCCAGGACUGCCUGGUGUGGAUGGCCUGACCGGGAGGGAUGGACCCCCAGGACCCAAAGGUGCCCCUGGAGAACGGGGAAGUCUGGGACCCCCAGGGCCACCAGGACUUGGGGGCAAAGGCCUCCCUGGACCUCCUGGAGAGGCAGGAGUGAGUGGCCUCCCAGGUGGAGCUGGUCUGCGAGGUCCCCCGGGACCCUCUGGACUCCCAGGCCUGCCUGGUCCCCCAGGACCUCCUGGACCUCCUGGAAACCCUGGAGUCCUCCCUGAAGGUGCUACUGAUCUUCAAUGUCCUGCCAUCUGCCCUCCAGGCCCUCCUGGACCCCCAGGAAUGCCAGGGUUCAAGGGGCCUACUGGCUACAAAGGGGAACAAGGCGAAGUUGGCAAAGACGGUGAGAAGGGUAAUCCCGGCCCCCCUGGGCCUCCUGGCAUCCCAGGCACCGUGGGGCUGCAGGGCCCACGAGGAUUACAAGGACUUCCAGGGCCACUUGGGCCACCUGGGGACCGGGGUCCCAUUGGGUUCCGGGGCCCCCCUGGGAUCCCAGGAGCACCUGGGAAAGUGGGUGACAGAGGCGAAAGGGGUCCAGAAGGGUUCCGAGGCCCUAAAGGUGACCUGGGCAGGCCUGGUCCCAAAGGAAUUCCUGGAGUGGCUGGACCGGGUGGAGAACCAGGCAUGCCAGGCAAGGAUGGCCAGGAUGGCGUGCCAGGGCUUGAUGGCGAGAAGGGAGAGGCUGGUCACAAUGGUGCCCCAGGAGAGAAGGGCCCCAAUGGGCUGCCGGGGCUCCCUGGCCGAGCUGGGUCCAAAGGCGAGAAGGGAGAACUGGGUAGAGCUGGGGAGCUGGGUGAAGCUGGCCCCUCUGGAGAGCCAGGAAUCCCCGGAGAUGUUGGUGUUCCGGGGGAGCGUGGUGAGGCUGGUCACAGGGGCUCAGUGGGAGCCCUUGGCCCACAAGGUCCUCCUGGGGCCCCUGGCGUCCGUGGCUUCCAGGGCCAGAAGGGCAACGUAGGAGACCCUGGCCUUCCAGGCCCUCAAGGCCUACGGGGAGAUGUGGGUGACCGGGGUCCAGGAGGUGCCACAGGCCCUAAAGGAGACCAGGGCAUUGCAGGUUCUGAUGGCCUUCCAGGGGACAAAGGAGAGCUGGGUCCCAGUGGCCCCGUCGGACAAAAAGGAGAGUCUGGCAGCCGAGGGGAACUGGGUCCCAAAGGUAUCCAGGGCCCCAAUGGCACCAGUGGAGUCCAGGGCGUACCUGGUCCCCCAGGUCCACUGGGCCUCCAAGGCCUGCAGGGUGUCCCAGGCAUCACAGGAAAGCCCGGAGUUCCGGGCAAGGAAGCCAGCGAACAGCACAUCAGGGAGCUCUGUGGGGGGAUGAUCAGUGAGCAAAUCGCACAGUUGGCUGCACACCUGAGGAAGCCAUUAGCACCAGGCUCCAUCGGCAGGCCUGGUCCAGCUGGCCCCCCAGGGCCCCCAGGCCCUCCAGGAUCCAUCGGCCACCCUGGUGCUCGGGGUCCCCCUGGAUAUCGGGGUCCCACUGGGGAGCUGGGAGAUCCUGGACCUAGAGGAAGCCAGGGUGACAGAGGAGACAAGGGUUCAACAGGCGCAGGGCUGGAUGGGCCUGCUGGGGACCAGGGGCCCCAAGGACCUCAAGGUGUGCCUGGAAUCAGCAAAGAUGGUCAAGAUGGUGCUCAUGGCGAGCCUGGCCUUCCUGGUGAUCCUGGCCUUCCUGGAGCUGUUGGUGCUCAGGGAACCCCAGGGAUCUGUGACACCUCAGCCUGCCAAGGAGCUGUGUUAGGAGGGGGUGGGGAAAAGUCAGGUCCUCGGAGCUCAUAAACAACUUUAGGAACUGACUGAAAACGCACUCCAGCAGGCAGCAGUCAUGAUUACUAGAAAUGGACAGUACGGCUAGCUACAGUCAGCUAGUCCUUCCUGGCCUGCUGCCUGGACCCCCAAGAGCAUCUACUGGCACCACUGUCACUGUCACAUCUGCAGGAUUAAUGGCAACCCAUUCAUCUGUGACAGCAUACCUCAGGCACAGGCCCUAGGGAUGGGGACUUAAAACCAAGCAUCUGGAAGGGAUGGUGUACCUAAGAGGUUUUGUUUUGUUUUUUUGUACAAUUCCAUGAGAUAAAAACACUCAAGAGACUUGUUUACAUAACAUUUAUAUAAAGCCUAUGACAGAGUACCAAUAAAGCAACCUGCUAACCUUCAGAUGAACACUGGCUACAGUGAUGAAGGUGAGGAACUUGAUGUCUGUUUCACCUGCCUUCUAUUGCAAACAGAACAUCUCUGACUCCCAGUAUUUAUUGAAGGAACUACACUGCACCGUCUGUACAAUAAAUAAAGCUACUCACUGGAAACCUGUGUU